AUGUCGCUCGCAAACACAGCUGCAGAAUACAUGCUGUCAGAUGCCCUGCUGCCUGACCGCAGAGGCCCCCGCCUCAAAGGACUGCGCCUGGAACUUCCCCUGGACCGCAUGGUCAAGUUCAUAGCUGUGGGCUUCCCCUUGUUGCUGAUGUCCCUGGCAUUUGCCCAGGAGUUCUCCUCCGGGCCUCCCAUCCGCUGCUUCUCUCCCAGUAACUUCAGCAUCCGGCAGGCCGCCUACGUGGACAGUUCCUGCUGGGACUCGCUUGUUCACCACGAACUGGAUGAGCUGGGCCAGCACAAGAUGAAGUCCCUGUGGCCUCACAAGGCCCUCCCCUACUCCCUGCUGGCCCUGGCUGUGGUCAUGUACCUGCCCAUUCUGCUGUGGCAGUAUGUGGCGGCGCCGGCCCUCAGCUCAGAUCUGCUCUUCAUCAUCAGCGAACUGGACAAAUCCUAUAAUCGCUCCAUCCGCCUGGUGCAGCACAUGUUGAAGAUCCGGCAGAAGAGCUCAGACCCGCAUGAUUUCUGGGAUGAGAUGGAGAAGGCACGGAAAGAACGAUACUUCGAAUUCCCCUUGCUAGAGCGGUACCUGGCAUGUAAGCAGCGCUCACAUUCCCUAGUGGCUACCUACCUGCUGAGGAACUCCCUCUUGCUCCUCUUCACCUCAGCCAUCUACCUGUACCUUGGCCACUUCCACCUGGAUGUCUUCUCCCAAGAGGAAUUCAGCUGUUCCGUCAAAACAGGGCUGCUAAGUGAUGAGACCCACAUGCCCCAUCUGAUCACGUGCAGGCUGACCUCUCUGUCAGUUUUGCAAAUUGCUAGUCUCUCCAGUAUAACAAUAUACACCCUGUUGGUUCCAGUGAUAAUAUACAACCUCACACGACUAUGUCGGUGGGACAAACGACUACUAUCCGUCUAUGAGAUGCUCCCAGCUUUUGAUCUCCUCAGCAGAAAGAUGCUGGGAUGCCCUAUCAAUGACCUCAAUGUGAUCCUUCUUUUCCUCCGAGCCAACAUCUCUGAGCUCAUCUCUUUUAGCUGGUUGAGUGUCUUAUGUGUUUUGAAGGACACAACCACCCAGAAGCACAACAUUGACACAGUGGUCGAUUUCAUGACAUUAUUGGCUGGCUUAGAACCCUCAAAACCUAAACAUCUCACCCAUCGAAUAGGUGAUGAAAACCCUUAG